AUGCAGAACCAAUUGCAGCAAGAUCUGUGGAAGGCCGCCCAAGGACCAUGGGAAUCUAGCGUUCUCCCCAGCGCCGAGAACCUGGCGCGAGCGAGAGCUUCUCUUCCCGCAGCACUUCCCGAGACAGGAUCUAGUCUCGAGUCUAUCCAGCGACACAUUGUCGACGACAUUGUGCCGGCUUUCAACGGCGGGAGCAUUAGUGCCAAUUACUACGGCUUCAUCACGGGUGGAACUACGCCAGCAGCGCUUUUCGCGGAUAAUGUCGUGUCUGCCUAUGACCAAAAUGUCCAAGUGCAUCUUUCGAAUCAUUCCAUCGUCACUGAUGUUGAGUACAAUGCGAUUGGCCUGCUUUUGGAUCUUUUCCAAUUGAACCGAUCUACCUGGUAUAAUGGAACUUUUACGACUGGCGCCACGGGGAGUAACAUCCUUGGCCUAGCCUGUGGACGCGAGUUCGUCUUGCAAAAUGCGGCCCAGAGGAAAGGCAGUAAACUUCAGAGUGUUGGCGAGGAGGGAUUUUUUGAAGUCCUCAGCUCGCUGAGCCUUUCUGGGGUUCAAGUUUUGUCAACGCUACCACAUUCCUCCCUCGUGAAGGCUGCCGGUGUGCUAGGCAUUGGUCGUUCUAAUGUACGCAAUGUUUGCUGUACAGACGAUCCACUCCGCUUUGAUCUUGAAAAGCUCGAGAAAGAACUCGCAAGAACAGACAAGGUUAGUAUUGUUGCUAUAUCCUGCGGCGAGGUCAACACCGGCCGUUUCGCGACAAGCGGUGCCGAUUUGAGAGAUAUACGCCAGCUUUGCGACAAGUAUGGCGCCUGGAUGCAUGCCGAUGGGGCCUUCGGGAUUUUCGGUCGGAUUCUUGAUGACAGCCCAGAGUUCGCAACGAUCAAAAACGGCUCCGACGGGAUAGACUUGGUCGAUUCGAUUACCGGUGACGGCCACAAGCUCCUCAACGUUCCAUACGACUGUGGCUUUUUUUUUACUCGACAUCCGAAUGUGGCGUCACAGGUGUUCCAAAAUGCAAAUGCGGCCUAUCUGACCGCAGGAAACUCCGAGGGGCCCUCUGUUCCUUCGCCACUGAACAUCGGCAUCGAAAAUUCUCGUCGCUUUAGAGCGUUACCGGUUUAUGCGUCUCUCUUGUCGUAUGGCAAGUCUGGGUAUGAAGAAAUGCUCCAGCGACAAAUCAGGCUUGCUCGGAAAAUCUAUGAAUGGAUCUUUGACCAUUCCGCAUACACAGCUUUGCCAGAGACAUCGUCUAAGACCGAGCUCCUUGCUCAGACUUUUAUGAGUGUUCUGUUCCGCGCGAAUGAGGAGACCUUGAACCGUGAGCUGAGUAACAGGAUCAACAACAGCACACGAAUGUUUGUCUCUGGUACCAGCUGGGAUGGGACUCCCGCUUGUCGCAUUGCAAUCUCAAACUGGCGAGUUGAUGUGGAGCGAGAUUAUGCGCUGGUGAUUGAUGUAUUGGCCAAGGUUGCCGAAAGACAAUGA